GAGAAGCUUAUAAAUUACAAAUCCCUGAAUCAGCUGCUCUUUUCUUCCAUCUGUUUCUUUCUUACAAUUCAAUACUUUGAAGAAGAAGGAAUCAGACCAAACACAGAGACCAAAAACGAAGGAGUUUCUCAUCUAUUACAGAGACCCUUCUCUCCUCUGAACAAACAACAAGAAGAGAGUACUCAUUCUCUUAACCAUGAUCUCAUUAAAUGGAAGCAGUCUUUUGAGCAAUACUGGUAUUAGUACUAGUUUCUCUCAAUCAAGAAGAAAUGUUCCUUCUUCACCUUCAAUAGUAAUGGUGGCUCAAUCUAACAACAAUCCAAAUCGAAAAGAGAAAAAAAUUGGGGCUGUAUCAAGUAAUGGUAGUACUACUUCUGCUGCUGCGAAUGAAAUCAAAGAAAUAGAUUCCAAAUCUACUAUUGCUUCUGGUGGUGUUCAAGAUUUUUAUGGUGAAGAUCAAGCUACUGAAGAUCAACUUGUUACCCCUUGGACUACUUCUGUUGCUAGUGGGUAUUCGUUGUUGAGGGAUCCACACCACAACAAAGGGCUAGCUUUCUCUGAGAAGGAGAGAGAUGCUCAUUAUUUACGUGGUCUUCUACCACCGACUGUUGUAUCUCAAGAUAUUCAGGUGAAGAAAAUGAUGCACAAUAUGCGUCAAUAUAAAGUUCCAUUGCAACGAUACAUGGCCAUGAUGGAUCUUCAGAACAUGAAUGAAAGGCUUUUCUACAAAGUGCUUAUUAACAAUGUGGAGGAAUUGCUGCCUGUUGUUUACACCCCAACUGUUGGUGAGGCUUGUCAGAAAUACGGAAGCAUAUUUAGACGCCCUCAGGGUCUUUAUAUCAGUUUAAAAGAGAAGGGUAAGAUUCUUGAGGUGCUCAAGAACUGGCCAGAGAAGAACAUCCAAGUCAUUGUCGUCACUGAUGGUGAACGAAUUUUGGGUCUUGGAGACCUUGGUUGCCAGGGAAUGGGAAUACCUGUUGGGAAACUUGCUCUGUAUACUGCACUAGGAGGAAUUCGACCCUCUGCGUCCUUGCCUGUAACCAUCGAUGUGGGGACUAACAACGAGGCAUUGUUGAAGGACGACUUCUACAUUGGACUCAGGCAAAAGAGGGCGACGGGCCAGGAAUAUUCUGAGCUUCUAGAUGAAUUCAUGUCAGCUGUCAAACAAGUCUACGGGGAGAAAGUCCUGAUACAGUUUGAAGACUUCGCAAAUCAUAAUGCUUUUGAGCUACUAGCAAAAUACCGAAAAACUCAUCUCGUCUUCAAUGAUGAUAUACAGGGGACAGCAUCUGUUGUCCUUGCAGGGAUUGUUUCAGCAUUGAAGUUAGUUGGAGGGACUUUAGCUGAGCACACAUUUUUGUUUCUUGGUGCUGGAGAGGCCGGUACAGGUAUUGCGGAACUCAUUGCUCUUGAGAUGUCAAAACAGACCAAAGCUCCAAUUGAAGAGACUCGAAAGAAGAUUUGGCUUGUAGACUCCAAGGGAUUGAUUGUGAAGUCUCGCAAAGAAUCACUUCAGCAUUUUAAGGAACCAUGGGCACAUGACCAUGAACCUAUCAGGAAUCUCUUGGAUGCUGUGAAGUCAAUCAAGCCGACUGUACUGAUUGGAUCAUCUGGAGUUGGGCAAACAUUCACAAAAGAGGUCGUUGAGGCCAUGUCUUCCUUUAAUGAGGUAAUCGCUCUAGCCCAACUUUAUCUCCAUCUCCAUCUAUAUCUUUAUCUAUUUGAUGAGGCUGAUAUUGGUGUGUACAAUGACAUGCAGAAACCUGUAAUUCUUGCUCUAUCCAAUCCAACCUCCCAAUCAGAGUGUACAGCCGAACAGGCAUACAGCUGGAGUAAUGGCCGUGCAAUUUUUGCUAGUGGAAGUCCAUUUGAUCCUGUAGAAUUCAAUGACAGAGUGUUUGUGUCUGGCCAGGCGAACAACGCUUACAUAUUCCCUGGAUUUGGUCUGGGUUUGAUCAUGUCAGGUGCCAUCCGUGUUCAUGACGACAUGUUAUUAGCAGCAUCUGAGGCUCUAGCAGCAGAGGUGAGCCAAGAAAAUUAUGAUAAUGGUCUAAUUUACCCACCAUUCUCUGAUAUCAGAAAGAUAUCUGCUCAAAUUGCUGCUAAAGUAGCUGCAAAGGCAUAUGAACUUGGUUUAGCAACUCGUCUUCCUCAGCCACUGAAUCUUGUUCAGUAUGCUGAGAGCUGUAUGUACAGCCCAGACUACCGAAGUUACAGGUGAUCCAAUUGGUUCAAAAUUUUGUUUUCUUUCAGGGUUUUUACAAACUGUAAGCUUUUUCUUUUAUAUUAAGAUACUUUCAUUCUUUUUUCUCUUCUUGUGUUGUAUUUGAUUCCUCAUAUGAGAAGAAAAAAGUUGGUAGGUUUCGGUUGUAGGAGUCUUGGUAAAUUGGGUAGAACUGGUGUGUGUGGGGUGAUUCAUCUUUAAAGUGACGCUGUAAGAAUAUUAUUUUACGUGAAAUAAUUAUAGUCUGUUAGUCGAUUUAUCAGAAAA